AUGGAGGAGCCGAAGGACGAGCCCCAACAGCAUAAAAUAGAAGAUGCUGGUAUAGUGCAUUUAACCGAAAAAAAAGAGUUCACACACGAAAAAGAACCCAGAAAAAGUAUACCAUGUUCAAAGCCAUGUGUCAGGAGAGGACGUGUAUAUUAUGCUAAAUUCAUUGACACAAAUGCAAGAACAUACAAUGAACCAGUUCCCUACAUAGAUACCAAAAAAGGGGCAGAAAAUCAGGGUGACUGGUUGUCCCAUGGUGAAGAACCUGAACAUCACUUCCAACCACCUUAUGACACUAAGAGCACCCAGAGGAGUGACUUUCAAAAACCAACAUGUCCCCUGGUUUUUCCAGUCAAACACAGCAAGCUGCAAAAGCCUUCCUGCGGAAUAGUUCCACUUGCUUGUCCUGAUGCACCCACAGAACUUCAAAAGAAUUUUAAAGAGCGCAUUUCUUUUAUACACCAAUAUGAUGCCAGGAAAACUCCCAAUGAGCCUAUCCGGGGCAAGCGACAUGGAGCUUUUGUACAGACAGAGAUAAAACCAGGGAGUAGGCCGAGAGUUCCUAAGGGAACAGAGGUAUUACUGAAUGCUCCAGGGUCAUGCUCAUCAGAACAGUCCAAAAAAACAGAGAAAGGAAAUUCAGCGGAAAGCAAAAUGAUCUCACUGGGUCUCUGCCGACAAAAUUCCCAAGAGCUGUUAGAGACUAAAGCCCACUUAUCAGAAACAGACGUCAGAGAGGCAGCCAAGGCAUGCCCCAGAAGCCCCGAGAGAGGGGAGAAGAUCGCAGAGGUCUGUCCAACAACUGCAGCAGAUGCUCCGAUCACCAGGGACAAUCCUUCAACUCCACCAAUAAAAAGUCAGGAUAAAUUAUCUUCUUCAGAUAAAAACGUAAUCUUUGGAAUGCAGAGAAAUUUCAGAAUCACUAUAUAGGCCCUUGCAUUUGCUUUUUCUUUUAUCAAUAACCUCAGAACAUAAAAUUUACAUAAAUGAGAGAAUUUUUUAAAAAGAUAAUUACAAUAUACCAAAAUUUUAAGAGUGGUCUCCAAUGAGUGAUGGAUUAUGAGACAUAUUUCUAAGUCAUAUUAUUUAUGAACAAAGCAACUUUGUUUUGCACAAAAAAUAAAUGUAAUUAAAUAUUAUUAACCUUUUAGAAGAAGGCCCUUUUAGAUAGUCAUUAGUUAUGGCUCUGGAAUCAAACAAACCUGGGUUGGAAUUUUGGCUCUGUUGUGUGACCUUGGGUAGGUUACUUAACCUCUCUAGACCUUGGUUUCCUCAUCUGUAAAAUUAAAAUAAUAAUGACCUCGUAAGGUUAUUGAACAUGAGAUUAUGCACAUUGAUCAAUCAGUGAUCAAUGUAAUCACAUCAUCAAUAUUACUAUAAUAAAGUUUCAAUUUAAGGACAGUAUUCUUCAGUAAACUUAACAUUUCUUCCUUACUCUAAAAUUUUGAAUCCCUCUAUAUGUAUUUAAGACUGUGAAAAUCUAAAAACAUCUCUCCCAGUACAACACACACACACACUUAAUUCAAAGACAUAUAGGUACUUAGAAUAUAAAAAUAUUUCCUAAAUUGUGUUCUAUUUUAUUUACAUCAUUUCUGGCACUAACUCAACCUUUGCUUCUUUUAGAUAUGUCUGGUGUGGUUAAUUCUACCAGCUAUUGUAUUUGGUAUACUUGGUGUGCCAGAAUGCAUCUACUAAAAGCUAUGUUAUGUUGUGUACAAGUAGAAGUAGGUAAAGUAUCCCUCUGUUGCCAAAAGAG